AUGAAUCCACUUAAAGGGCCUGCAGGGCACAGGGGGAAGGAAGCUAGGCUUGUCAACCAAAAAAGAAAGGAAAGAGCGAAAGAGAGCCAAAAGAGGGAAGCAGACAAGCCAGAAUUGAAAUCCCUGAAACCGAACCGCCCAACCUCCAAUCCGGACCCGAGCACGCCAAGUAUUGAUUGGCGCAUUGACUACGAAGUACUUCAUAGUAGGUACCCUCCUGAACAAUCGUUCGAACCGAUUGCAACUCAUAAAUUGAAAGUCUGCCGAGGUACUGCUUAUCCUCCCCCUCUCAAGACCAGCAAUGUCGAAGAGGGGGUGAUCGUCUCGUCAGGCUCACGAACACACCAAAUUCAAUUAUUUGCAUGUGCCAUCGGAACUUGAGCAACCCUCCUACUUCCAUCCUGCAUAUUGACUGUGCGCCUGUCAGAUCCUAAUUUUGGGCCAUUGCUCU